UAUUACUAUACAGAAUUCGUUCAAACAUUUUUUUUAUAUAAAUACUUUAUUGUGCAAAAGUAAAAUAAACAUUACUUAAGUGUUUUGUGAUGAACGACGAAAAGACAUAUUUAUAUUAAGUAAUGGAAACUUCCGGUACGAAUGCGUAAUAGUAGAUAUCGCGCAUUGUGAAUUAUUUUUUAUUUUUCGAAAUGUGUUCCUCUGAUACGAAACUAAUAGAAAGGCUUAGACAUGAAAAUUUGGAGCAAUUCUUUACAUUAGUGCGCAUGCAUUUAUCUUUUGUUGUAGAUAUAAACACAGACGAUGUCGAUUGUUCGACGGAUAAACCAAAGCAAUUUAGAUGGAAUUUUCACAAAAAAACAAAAAACUCCAAUACAAAUUCUAGUCAAAAUGUUGUUAACACAAAGAAAAACGAAGAGGCAAAUUCUAUUACUGAAGAUGGGAUACUUAGGCUUUAUGAGCUAAUAGAAUUCUUAUCUAAACCAGAUAAUGUAACUCAAGAGGGUAUAUUUCGCCGCACUGGCUCACUAAGCCGACAACAAGAGCUACGUCAGCUACUCUUAACUGGUUCAAGUCUUGGUCUUGAUGAUGGAAAAUUCUCUGUGCAUGAUUGUGCAUCAGUUCUUAAGGGAUUUCUGGCAGAGUUGCCUCAACCUUUACUAAUGGAUCAGUAUUAUCAAACAUAUUGUACAUUAGCUGCUCAAUAUCCUACUCAUGUUGACUCAUCAGAAACCAAAUUGCUGACGGCUUUACAAUUACUGCUGUUACUUCUGGCACCUACACACAGGAAUUUUCUAGAAAGAUUACUCAGUUUGUUGCGCUUAGUAGCCGAUAAUGAAUCUAGUAAUAGGAUGUCACCAGACACACUGGCAACUAUGUUUACACCACAUUUGUUGUGUCCAAGAAAACUAUCACCAGAGACCUUCCACGCUGACUCCAUAGCUCUCUCUCCUCUUAUCAGUUUCAUGAUACGUCAGUGUCAGCGUCUGUUCGAAGCACCAAAACGAUUAGCUACAGACGCGGCUGCAUACUUUACGUUACGCGAAAGGAAACGUGCAAUGUCUCCAGAUGUGGAUUUAGAUGAGAGCAUUACGGACAGGACGGCGGCCAGCACGGUGUUCACGUUCGUGGACCGCGGCCGCACGCGCGCCGAGAACGCCAGCAACCCCACCGACACGGCGCUGGCGCAGCUCUACGCGCACAUCCAGGCGCUGCCGGACUCGCAGCACAAGCGACGGCUCGUCAAGCACUUCAACAGGCAGAAUGGAUACGGAACACCAAUACAAAUACAACGGACAGGUAAAGUAGCUGGUUCUAGAAGUUUCGGAGAUUCGAUCAAGAGGCACAUUUUCAACAAGGGAUUACUGAACAAGACACCAAAGAAAGGUUCCAGCUCCGUUAUUAAUACAGUUGAGGAGAAACACAAAGGAAAACGAUAUACCGAUGAUGGUAAAGUUGACGUGUCCCAUAAAAAUAUCAUAUUAAAGAAUUUAGCUAAUAAAUUAGUUAGUUCGGAAUCUCUGGAUGAUGACGAUUACGAUUCGGAUGCGAGCAACGAGAGUACGUUAUCCGAAGGUGCGUUAAACAAAUCUAAAAAACAUAGCCCGAAAUUCGUAUCCGAACCUAAUUUAAGUAAUCUAGAUACAAAUGAAGAAACUCCAAAAAAUACGAAAAAGCGAAGUUCAAGACUAUUUCGAUCCAAAAUAAUAUCUGGAUCACAAAAUUUAAACAAAAAGUACCAAAAACGAAGUACCGUUAUACGCAGUACACCGAAGUCUUGCGUGUCGUGCAUAGAUGAUCAAGAUUCGGAAAACGAUAUGCCUUACCCUGAAAAAAGUUUGGAGGAUACACCAAAGAAAAAUAAACUUUGUACAAACGAUAUAGAGUUUAAAAUGCAUUAUUUGACAAGUACCCCGGGGAUAUCUGAAACGGUCUUCGACGAAGAUUGUACGACGCCAUACACAGUUAACUUUAGAAGAGCAUCUAUGUCGCCUAUAACGAAAUCUACCCAAAAAUUGUCUAAAGCGAUGCAGGAAUCCAUAAUGACACCUCGAUCUCGUAAACCCUUAAUCAUAACAUCAGAACAACCAGAGAGUUCAGAGCGAAAGGAUUUAUCGGUUAAAUCAGAAAUUUACCGAUCAAUAUCUCCCAAGAACGACAGUGAUUUUGUAUCAUCCGAUGACGAUAUGAUGUCGAGAUCCUCGUUUUCUUGUGGAAGGUCAAAUCAUUCUACAAACGCGUCUCUGCGAAUGAAAACACCGUUAGACGCAAGGUCCGAUUCGCUAUCUGACGUUAGUCUAAUACGUUCAGGAGUAACGAGAUUUGUUAUCAGCCAUGAAAAAAGGAAUUAUGUAGACGAAUUAAAUACAACUCUAUGCGAAGAUGUAAAUUUACCGAAAUUCAAAAUAACCCAGGAACCAACGAAUUUGGGAACAACAAAAUCGUUAUCAGAACCGUUCCGAGAAUAUUUGUUAAGCAGAUCUGUGUUAACAGCAACGCCGAUCGAUCUAUCGAUUCUUAACAAAUCGGACGCAGACGAUAAAAUCUCGGAUUCCCUCAUGUAUUGUUUGGAUGGAAACGUUCCGUCCGAUUUAACAUCAUCGAUUAGUAAUCUAGCAGUCGAUUCUAAUUUAUCAGACGGCUUAAGAUCGCCGUUGAAAAGUUUAAAUAAUGUAAAUAUAGAUAUAAGUCCGAAUAGAAAGCGAUGUGCGAGCGCUUCGACUUGUGACACAGAUAAUAAAAAGAUUAUGUUCGACAAAGAAAAUAUAAACGAGAACCAGUUUGAUUUACGGGAGACUGAUCUAUAGUUUAAUUUUACACAGAUUUAUAUUUUCUCUGCCUUUGUCAUUAGUGCCUUUAAAAAACUAUUUACUGGUAAUAGUAACAUUAUAUUAGAACUUUUUUUUUAAUUGUAUUUCAAUAAUGAAAGGUGUAUUACCAAGCAGUAAACGCCUCGUAGAUUAACAGUAUAUAUGUGAAAUUCAAUUAUA